AUGGACUGGGGCAAUGUGACGGGCGAGGAGCUGCUCGACGCGCUGCGGGAGGUCGAGUGGUCCACGCCGCCUCGCCCGCUCGCGGAGUUCGUGCAGCGCUUCUCCGCGCCCAAGAACGCCAGCAACUAUCGCACCAACUACUACAUCCUUGUCUGCUUCAUCAACGCCUGCUGUUUCGCCCGUAACCCGCUCGCGCUGUUCGCUGUGCUCUUCGCCGCCGUCGCCUUCGCGAGCCUCAACGACAGGUCAGUCGCGCUUGCUGCCACGGCCGUGUGGCUAGGCUCGACUAGCAUCCCCAUUUCAGCUCCCUCUUCUCUGACCCCUCGUCGCUCUCUCUGCCCACCAUUCUCCCCCCCUUCCCAUCUCUGUCUCCACUCGUUCCCACCCCUUCCCCUCCCCUCCCCUCCGCCUCUCCCACCCCUCCAUCCUCUUCCCACUCUUCUCCCCGUGCCCUACCAUUCUCCACCGUCCACAAUUCCUUUCACUCCUUGUUGGAGCUUUUUCCUUGGUUGCCCUCUCCCCAUCUCCAUUCCCCUUCGUCUUUCCUCAUCACCUCCUCCCCCCAUCUCCCCUCCUCUCUCCCACACUCCCCAUCCCCCUCCUCUCCUCCCCCUUCCCCAUCUCCCCAUCAUCUCCCAUUUCCCCCUCCCGCACCCCGCAGCUUCGCGCUGUCACUCAGCGAGCGCCUGA